AUGUCCUGUCUUACGACCAGUAUGAACAACGUUCCAGCUCGACACCGCGGUAAGAUCGUCGGUCUUCUCGACUCCGCAUUCAGUGCGGGUCCGGCUCUAGUCGCACUUAUCUACGGCGUCGUUUUCGUAAACGGACACGUACAUGACGAGGAGAAUCAAAACUUACAAGGAUUCUAUUUAUUUUCCGCUAUUACGUUUGGUGUUGUUAAUGUAUUAGGAGUGAUUAUUUUAGAUGUAUAUAUGCUCGAGGAACCGACAGUCAAACAAUUAAAGAUUCAAGAUAGUCAAGAUACAAGCGUCACUAAGAAUGAGCCAGAAAAUUCGGAACUAGAAGAAAGUAUUCAUAACGAUAGAAAAGAUAUUCGUGGAUUAAAAAUGUUGAAAAUGUUUGAUUUUCACUUUCUACUGUGGCCGUAUAUUAUGUGUGCCAGUCUACAGUUGAUGUAUAUAAAUAAUAUUACGACAUAUUUAAAAUCUUUUCAUCACGAGGACAAAAGUACAUUAUUUACAGUUUUAAAUCCAAUUUCAGCCACUUUUUCAAAAUUACUGAUCGGUUUUAUAUCUGAUGCUUUGAUUGACAAGAUACCUCGAGCAGGAGUCAUUCUAUUUACUACGUGCUUACAAACUGUUGUUUUAGCCGUCUGUGUUUUUUACGGUGAUUUGUAUCCAGUAAUUUUAUUGGCUCUGUUCGGAGUCGGAAUUCCUAAUGGCGCCACCUGGUGUUUGACUCCUACUAUGACCAGCGAAUUUUUCGGGAUGAAAUAUUUCGGCUUAAAUUGGGGUUUUAUGAUGGUGGGUACUGCGUUUGGUGGAUUGAUAAUCCAAAAGAUUUUCGGAGCUUUAUACGAGCUUGAAAUAGGUGAUCCGACCGUUACGGACUGUUACGGGUUGAAAUGUUUCCGAUGGAGCUAUGCCAUAGCCGCCGUAUGGAGUCUAUGCUCCUCUAUAUUUUAUUUAGGACUUCUAGAAAGACGUCUGGCGUUUAGGAAGAUGAAAAAACAAACACAAGAUGAAGCUAGGAAAAGAAAAGAGUCGGUAGCUUGGAAACACAGUAUUUCUAUGUAG